CUAACAUCUCUCCAGUCCCCCUUUGCUCAGCGCUGCCCCAUCAGGAACUACGAGCACCUCAUCACCAUCCUCCACAAAUACCCCUGGCACGCAAUCGAGCACGUCCAAAUGAACGAGCGUGACCGCAUCUACAACACGACUCUGACCAGCAUCCGCGCGCUCAUGGGCCUGCUGCGCAAGACGCACAACAACACACAGCUGGACAACACGCGCCCCACCAUGUCGACGCUGCAAGAGCUCGUCGUCGCCGCCCUGACGUGUCCCGGCUUCUCCGAGGCGCAGAAGUACAUCGUCGUCGCCAACCUGCACCAGUCGGGCAACGGGUCCGUGGCCAACUCCCGCGGGAUGAACUUUCGCUUUGGCGGGACGCACAAGUUCGCUAGCGAUUGGCCUUUCGAAGGCCUGGCUAUGCAGCCUGGCGUCGAUGAGACGGUGGUGGAGUACAUUGCCGCGCUGAUUCACGCCGCCACUGUGCACGCCCCGGCCCCUACCCUCGCGGAGCUGCACGCCUACCGCGCCGCCGCGAUGCAGCAAUCCCUCUUCGGCAUGCUGGACAUCGACUACACUGGCGCGAAGACGAUGGCGGAUGUGGGCCGCAUCGAGUUGCGUACCAUCAAGUCGCUGCUCUCCCGCGUGCUGCCUCGUGCCGGCGAUGAUGAGGCCCAGGCUGAGGUGCACUCCACGUCAUCGUCGUCGGCGUACGGCUCUCCUGACUACGGGCGGGGUUCGCGUUAUCGCUGAGCUGCACACACUUACCUGUCUGGUCUGGACUGUGCCUCUUGCACCGUUUUACCUCUCUCUUCUCCUCCCGUCAACUUCUCUGAGCGUACGCAGCGCGGCGUUUCCCCUUUUUCUUUUCGGACGGGCUAAUGAUCAACUGGUUUGGGAGUUACUUGCAU